AUGUUUGAGAGUUGCAUCGUGUCAUAUCUCUCGCAUUGUCUCGUCAACAACCAAUGUUCGGUGCGAUCAAAUUCCAGGCUUGGGAUCCUGCAAAAAGCAGCAGCAGCGAACCCAACGUCCCUCUUAUGUCGGAGCGUCAUCCACAGCACUCACCACCGUCGUCCUCCGUCGCAUCUCCGCCUCCCUGUGUUUCGCUUCUCGUCCAUUUCUCUCCAGUCCGAUGAUACUGCUGUUGCUACAACUGUCCCCUCACCUUCUCCUCUCACUUUGUCAGUCGCUUUUCCGCUUUCGCUCCAUCUCACCGACUUGAACCUCACCCAUCGACACAUCUUCAUCUUAAAUGUCAUCGCCUGCGUGGUAGCUGUUUCUGCAUCUUGGCUCUUUUUUUCUGCAAUCCCGACUCUUUUGGCUUUCAAGAGAGCUGCCGAAUCACUAGAGAAGCUAUUGGAUGUCACGAGGGAGGAGCUUCCCGAUACUAUGGCUGCCGUCCGGUUAUCCGGCAUGGAGAUCAGUGACCUUACCAUGGAGCUCAGUGAUCUCGGACAGGAGAUAACUCAAGGUGUUAAAAGCUCCACUCGAGCUGUUCGCUUGGCUGAGGACAGGUUGCGUCGCAUGACGACCAUGAGUCCAACAGCAUUGGUGCAGGAGCAGACCAAUCAAAGAACCCAGAGGAUGGAACCAGUGUUAGCUAGAACUGCUAGGGGGCUUCGAGAGGGUAUUGUGAAGGGGCGUUCUCUCUUCCAAAUUAUCCUUAGCUUAACCCGAUUCUCUAGGUUGGCUCUUAACUAUUUUGGUGCUCGAGGACAGAAGCGGUGAUUGGAAACGCCAUGGAUCAUUCUACCAUGCUUCAUGGUGAGCGCAAGCAAAUCUCUUUUUGUGCAUAUAUGAUAUAUAUUUCUAUAUAUAUUUUGGUUUCAAGUUGAGUUCGUUGUUUAUCCGUUAUAGUCUAUUAUGGGUUACAUUGGGAGAUACUAGGGACCCAAUAAUAAUGGCAUGAGAAGGGACAAGAGAAUUGCUUCCUUCAUUCUUUUUUAUUUUUUUUGGAUCACAGAUGUUUUGAAUAAAUAUUUGUCAUUAUAUUUUCCUUUUAAGUUAA